AUCUAAUCACAGCAUCACAUGUUACCGUAACAAUUUCCAACCAAAGAAUCCUUAAAAAAAUAUCCCCCUUUCCUUUUUGAUUUUUCUCUCUUUCUUUCUCUGUCGAGCGACACACACAUGAACUGAAUUUUGUGGUAAUCAAUGAAGAAUUUUAGUGGUGAAGCUAGAAUUUUCACUAGAUAUAGAUAUUUUUGUAUGGUAUCCGGGUCAGUUUGUGCGCACCUCGACUAAAUUCACGGAUACCUGCCACAUCCCAUCCGGAAUAGGUACCAGGUCCUCUGAUCUUACAAGUUCUGGUGGCUGAAGCUGCGUAUCGGCAGUGUCUUCCAUUAUCUAGCAAUGGAUUUUUCAUUUUUCAGUAAUUUCCUGUGGUUCAAACCCCAGUCUGGAAAUGAUAUGGCAUCCACAGUUGUAUCUACUAGUACCAUAAUGAAAACGCCUAAAGAAAAGGCUCAGUUUGAUGCUAAGUUUUGGAAGUGGACCGUGUUUUCAUUUGUUCCUUGGGCUAAAGGAGCUGAGGGUAAUAUUCAGAUGCCAACAACUGUCAACAAGAAGCUGAAAAGUCGCAGGCCAUCUCGUGAAAGUGUAGAUUCUCUAGCUCGGACAUCAACCAUACGCUUUAGGCCAUAUGUUUCUAAAGUUCCAUGGCAUACAGGUCCAAGAGCUUUUCUUUCUCAUUUUUUCCCCCGAUAUGGUCAUUACUGUGGACCAAACUGGUCAAGUGGGAAAGAUGGAGGCUCACCAAUUUGGGACAGAAGACCGAUUGAUUGGUUAGAUUUUUGCUGCUAUUGUCACGACAUGGGCUAUGAUACUCAUGAUCAGGCUGAACUUCUCAAGGCAGAUCUUGCAUUCCUCGAGUGCUUGGAGAAGCCAAACAUGAGCACGCGAGGAGAUCCUCAUGUAGCUCUGCUCUACAAAACUAUGUGCAUUUCAGGCCUCAGGAACAUAUUGAUACCUUACAGACAGCAACUUGUUAGCUUACAAUCUCAGCAGUUAUCUUUUGGAUUUGGAUGGCUCAGCGGUAUCAUGGAACCUGCUAAAUGCUUGAAAGACCGUUUCAUAUGGUUACAGAAGUAGCCAUGGGAACAAUCACACGUGCUCCUAAUUCAUUAUGGAAGCAGAAGCAGCUGCAAUCUGCAUUUUUUGUAAGGUGAAGAUUCUGUAUUCUAUUCCAUAAUGUCAUGGAUAAGAUAGCUGUAUAUGACAUUGGAAAUGAAAGAAACUCGAGAACUCUAUUAUGAUAUAAUUAGUUAGGUAGCUACUCCAGUGCUGUACAUUAUUCUCAAUUGACUAGUGCAUCAAGUGUAUAUUGUUUACUAUUUUACAGUAAUGGAUGUUUGGAACUAGUGUAUGGUAUAGUUUUAUCGACAGCA